AUGGACGAUGAACUAGAUGAUCUCUUUGGAGCCAUUGACGGAGAUGCCACAAAAUCUGAAGAGAAAAGCGUCACAGAAGCUAGUAGUGACAAUGCAGAGAAGAAACAGAAGGUCAAUGAAGAUGAGGAUUCUUCCACAAAUGCCAAGAAGAUAUACACCAGUGUCAUGAAUUUACCCACGGCUUCGCACUUGAGACAAGAGGAGAAUCGAGUGACUGAAAAGCCAAAGGUUGUCAAGGACGACCAAAAGAAGGCCGAGAAUAAGGAUAUUUCCACAGGAACAUCACACGAUAAAUCCGUUCGCUCGUAUUCAGCGUAUCCAAAAAACCUUCCCGAUGGACACGAGCUGCCAAAGCCAAAACCGUCCUCGGAACCUGCCAAAACAUAUCCAUUUCCCCUGGAUCCCUUCCAAUCACAAGCAAUUGAGUACAUCGAAAAGGAAGAAUCUGUUCUUGUAGCAGCUCACACAUCUGCCGGUAAAACAGCCGUGGCGGAAUACGCCAUUGCCAAAUCACUCAAGAAUGGACAACGUGUGGUGUAUACAUCACCCAUCAAGGCACUGAGUAACCAAAAGUUUCGAGAUUUGCAAGAGGAAUUUUCGGAUGUCGGUUUGAUGACUGGAGAUAUCACCAUUAACCCGACUGCCACAGCACUAGUAAUGACCACGGAAAUUUUGAGAAGUAUGUUGUACCGUGGAUCCGAACUAAUGCGCGAAGUGGCGUGGGUUGUUUUUGAUGAAGUUCACUACAUGAGAGAUUCCGAACGCGGGGUAGUUUGGGAAGAGUCCAUUAUUCUGUUGCCCCACAGAGUCCGCUUCGUCUUUCUCUCCGCUACCAUUCCGAAUGCUUCGCAAUUUGCCGAUUGGAUUUGUGCGAUCCAUCACCAACCUUGCCAUGUCUUGUAUACGAACUAUCGUCCAACACCCUUGCAGCACUACAUUUUCCCACAAGGUGGGGAGGGUUUGCACCUGGUCGUUGACGAGAAGGGAAAGUUUCGUGAGAAUAAUUUUCAGAAAGCGAUGGGUACCUUACAAUCUGGGAAUAUGGAUGUGGCUGCUGCGGAUGCCAUGUUGACCUCUGGAAAUGGAAAGAAGCGAAAACGAGGUGGCGCAAAGGGAGGAAAGAAAGGAGGGCAAUUUACGGACCUGCAUCGGAUUGUCAAGCUGAUUAUGGACCGAAACUUGAACCCAGUCAUUGUGUUUUCUUUUUCCAAGAAGGACUGUGAGAAAUAUGCGCUGGCGCUGAAUCGAGAAGAUUACACUGAUGACGUUGAAAAGGAUUUGAUUACACAAGUGUAUACCAAUGCAAUCGAGUCUUUGGGUGACGACGACCAAAAGCUCCCACAGGUACAAGCAUUGUUGCCUCUGUUGAAACGUGGUAUCGGGGUCCACCAUGGAGGGCUUCUUCCAAUUUUGAAAGAGAUCGUAGAGAUUUUGUUCUCGGAAGGGCUCAUCAAGGCAUUGUUCGCAACCGAAACUUUUAGUAUUGGUAUCAACAUGCCUGCCAAAACGGUGGUUUUUACUAAUACACGAAAAUGGGACGGCAAGGAAUUUCGAUGGGUAACCUCUGGAGAGUACAUUCAAAUGUCUGGACGUGCCGGUAGAAGAGGAAAAGAUGACAGAGGUCUUGUCAUUCAGAUGUUGGACGAAAAAAUGGAGCCAUCGGUUUGUAAAGGUAUCCUAUAUGGUGAUCCAGAUCCGUUGAAUUCGAGCUACAGAAUAUCGUACAAUAUGCUUUUGAACUUGAUGCGAGUUGAGGAUGUCGAACCUGAAUUCCUCCUUCGUGCCUCGUUCCAUCAAUUCCAAAGAGAAAAAGAAGCUCCUGCGCUAAUUACCAAAGCCGAAGAGCUUGAGAACGAGGCCGAAGGCAUUGAGAUUGGAUCAACGGAAGAAGUUGAACUUGCCAAGGAGUACUACCAAAUGGAUCAGCAGCUCCUGCUUAUCCGACGAAAGAUUGCGAAGAUUGUUCAAAAGCCUGAACACAUAUUGAAAUUCCUCCAGGUACCUGGGCGGCUUCUUGACAUUUCUAUUGAAAAUCAAAGUUUUGGGUGGGGGGUAUUGACGGCGUACAAGAAGAAAACAGGGGGAGGAUCUGGUGGCGAUGCUGGAAAGCUCGCUGCAAUGUCGGGGGAACCAGCCCAUACUCUGGAAGUGCUCCUACCUUGCGUGGAUCGCCAUUUCGAUGAGGUGGAUGGGGCCGAAAAAUCUGACGAUUUAAAGGAUGCACCACUCUUGUGGAGAGGUUCUGUUCGAUUCUGCCGUCCUGCCAAGCCUGAUGACGACAAGGAGAUGGUAUCAAUGCGACUCUUUACGGUAACAUUGGAAAAUAUCGAUAGAAUCUCUGCUGUUCGAAUCUUCACUCCACCAGCUGUGAACACUCUCGAGGCACGAAAGAAAGUGUCAAUGUCUGUUGACGAGGUAAAGAAGCGAUUCCCCGAGGGCUUGCCACUGCUUGAUCCAAUCAAAGAUCUUGGGAUUGGGGAGGACGAAUUUAAGAUCUUGAUGGACCGUGCGGAAGCUCUUGCGAAUAGACUCUCUUUGCACAAGCUAGUCGCUGACUACCCCGAAGAGGACCGUAUUAGACUUGUCCAGUCGUACGAGAACCGCCACGAGACGAAAGAGAAGGCCCGUCUACUAAGAGAUGAGGCGAGGAGCUUCCAAACAAUGGCCAUGAAGGAUGAUCUAAAGAAAAUGAAGCGAGUGCUGAAAAAGAUUGGGCAUGUGGAUGCAAAUGGAGUCAUUCAGACCAAGGGAAGAACUGCUUGCGAGAUCAAUACUGCAAACGAACUAGUUGUCACGGAGCUCAUUUUUGCAGGUGUCUUCAAAUCGUUGGCGGUCGAGCAAUGUGUUGCUCUUUUGUCUACUAUGACAUUCGAUGAGAGGGGCAAAGAUGACGACGAUCCAACAGCAGGCAUGAAGAGCUACCUGCUUAACCCUUUCCAUAAGCUGCAAGAAGUGGCGAAAACUGUUGCUCAAAUUCAAGUGGCUUGCGGAUUGGACGUUGACGAAGACGAGUUUUUGGCGCAAUUCAACCCAGGAAUGAUGGAGGCAGUAUUCGCGUGGUGUAAGGGUGUGAAGUUUGUGGAAGUGCAAAAGAUGACUGGCUCAUUCGAAGGAACAACUAUUCGAACUUUGAGACGUCUUGAGGAGCUUGUAAGACAGAUCACAGUUGCCGCAAAAGCAAUUGGUGAUAAGGAUCUUGAGACGAAGUGGAACAUCACGGUAGACCAGCCGGUCCGACUCUUCUUCAGCUUCACACAAUAUCGGGCUGUGUCGAAGGAUGACGACUUGCGGCUAGACAGCGACAGCAGAUUUGGAAACUAG